AUGGCGUAUCAUCCGUUCUCGGAGACCGAGUCCAAGGCCCCUGCCGAGCUUGCUGUCUGCAUCGUUUUCCUCGUGCUCACUUACCUCGCUGUUGGUGCACGAUGCUACGUUCGGACCUGCAUAAUCAAAAGCUUCGGGUGGGAUGAUGCCCUGAUGGUGGUUGCGUUGAUCUUCUUUAAUGUAUGGGCCAUUUCAAUCAUUGUCAUCGCGUAUCAGUAUGGAGGAGGUACGCACACCAGUGUUAUCGGAACCGCGAUGCACUGGAUAAUAGUCUCAGAAACAUUCUACGUACUCACGGCUAUGAUGGUUAAGCUGUCCUUGGGUAUCUUCUUCCUACGAAUAGUCAUCAAACCGUGGCAACGAGCCAUGGUGUACGUCGUAAUGAUUCUUAUCGCUCUCACAAGCAUCUUCUUUUUCUUCUUCCUCAUCUUCCUCUGUGGCAAUCCGAAGGAUUACUUGAUACGCUACGUCUACGACCAAUGUGCGCCGCGGCACGUUCAAAAUGCGCUUGCAUACGUGGCCGCCUCUCUGGGUGCCGCGGCGGACUGGAUAUAUGCGCUCAUCCCAAUCCAGAUUGUGGUGCAGGCCAAUAUGGACCUACAUUCCAAGCUCUCUGUUCUCUUCAUUCUCUCUGUUGGCACCAUCGGCUGCGUCUGCUCCACCAUCCGUCUCAAGUACAUUGGAGGUUUAGUCAGUCCAACCGACUUUUUCUGGAAUGCGGCGAUGAUAGCUAUAUGGUCGGGCAUCGAAUGCGGCGCGGGAAUCACGGCCGGGUCUCUCGCAACUCUCCGCCCGCUGUUCAAGCGUUGGCUCGCCACCGUCCGCAGCUUCACCUCCGGCUCACUUGGCUCCUCGUCCGCACGACGCCGAAAGCGCGCUACAAACCAAAACGGCACCAGCACAAGCAGCGGCGCAGCCAGUGGUGGCAUCAGACCGGACGGCCGCGCCCCCGUCGACGUUCACGACGACCAUGUCCACAGGCUGCAGCCCCGCUCCUUCCCCAGCCGCAAUUCAUCAUCCAUCAGCGGAAGCGGUGCAGGAGGCAGCAGAGCAUGGCCGGGCCCCGAGUGUUGGGAGAAGCUCGACGGGGCCAACGACGGCUCCGGCGACGACGACGACGACGACGACGCCAUCGCCCGCAGCGACAGCAUCACGCGGCAUCACUGCAGCAGCGAGUACUCUACCGAGGACGUGGAGCUGAACGACCUGUCCCGCGAGACGUCACGCGAGCUUCUAGAGCAUCGCCAGCAGCUUCCAUCGUCGUCAUUCUCACCACCACCUUCACCGCCAUCCCAGCCUCUUCCACCGCUUCCGCCUCCGCCCCCGCCACCUCCACCGCCCCCGCCAUCUCUUCUGAGGAGUGCCAUGGCAUCAUUCACGAGUGCGCGGCCUCUGUCUGUUAUUCCGGAGCGUGACAGCGUGGCCAGCAACAGUGGCAGCGUCGGCAGCGGUGGGUGGGAGUGGCCGCCGCCCGCGCUAAACUCACCGCCAACGGCGGACCGGUGGUCCGAAUAUGAGCAGCAGCAGCAGCAGCAGCAGCAUGUGUGGGAGCGAAGGGAGAACGAUGAUGUCGAAGCGACGAUGGUAUUGUCGUUCGAACCGGAUCUAGAGCUGGGCCGGCCGUUCACCAUUGACGCUGAGGGGAGGAUAUUGGACGCGGAUGAGUUGAGGAGAAAUCAUCGGCGUCAUCGGGUGAUAGGCCCAUCUGGCACUCUUGAUCCUAGAAGAGAAGGAGCAAAUCUGGUCAUAUGGAGCGACAGAUGA